AAGGUGACGUAUUCAGUGUUCGCCAUCCGGUUGAAAUUGAUGACGAGAAACACACAAAACAAAAAGCGCCUCCCAAGCCGGUUGUUGUGAUGCUGACAUUUUAACCAAUAAACCGCCAAAUGGUCGAGUGGGGGACCGGCUAGAAUUUGAAGAGGGAUAUGACAGCUUUCAUUACUCAUCCAUCAGUGAGGGUUAAAGGAACAGAGCAUAACUACAAUCCAGUUCUCUGCCAGGAUGAGAAAUGUUCUUCUAAUUCUAAAGGUAGCCACAUGCACUGUCCCUUUUGUAGUGUGACUGAAGCCUACCUGGACCCUGUCAUCUUGAGAGCACAUUACAGAGUUAAACACGUUGAUAAAGGACUUGAUUUCGCAGGUUUGAAGAUACUUCGCUGCUGUAACCACUGUGACAUUGUUGGAACUAUCAAAGGAGAAAAGAAAUUUAAAGGUGCGCACUGGCACUGCUACCGCUGUCGAAACGGUUUCAAUAGGCGUGAUGAAGCUGUCAAGCAUUACAAGACUCAUUUCCGCAAUCCUCAUACCACUUUCCAAAUUCAAAUUACACAGGAGGUAAAUAGUCGACAGUAUUAUGAACAGAGUGCAGAAGCUCACCAUAAAGCUUAUGGAGGCAGCCAAGUUACCUCUGGUGGGGCAGUGGAUAUCACAUCAAUUAGUCCUGUUGUGACAGAAGCAACCAUUAACACAUCAACCACAGAGAAAAGUGAUAAUAUUACUGGACAAGCUGGAAAGGAUAGCAGUCUGACCAAUGGGAUCACAGUUGGUGCAGAAGAGACUAUGGGUUCUACAUCAGCUGUAGGACAUCAGACUCUGGUACUUAUGGACCCAGAUGGGGAAAAUGGAGAGCUUGUAUACAAUGAUACUACAAACCUAAUUACAGAUCAGAGUGAUGAAGCUUUGGAUCAAAAUCUGCUAAUAGAAAAACAACUACUAGAACUACACCAGCAAAAUCAUCAGCUUCGAAUAGAGAAAGCAGAAACUGAACGCAGGCUCCAAAUGGAAAUCCAACAGCUAAAGGACCAGAUUGCAGGUCUCACAGAGGCCAAUUGGCAAAUGGCUGAAGAACUAAAGCAAUAUAAAUGUUCCGAAGAUAUUGAGAACAAAAUAAAUCAAAUGAUUGAGCGGAUGGAGAUGCAGCACAAGAAGCUCUUACAGAUGCAGGUGGAGCUGCUAAGGAAGGAGUAUAACAAGUUAAAUGAUCAAGCUAACGGUAGCUCUGAUUCUGUUCAGGACUCUAAAGAUGAUUGCACUGAUGGAACUGAGUGUACAACCGAACAGACAUUAGUAGACACUACGACUUUAUCCCCCAAGAGUCACAGCAUUAGACUAACAAUACCCACCAGUAUAGUGACGUCAGCACAUGAAAUCAUGACCUCUGAGCAUGAGAUUAUGUCAACAUCACAAGAUGUGAUUGCGGCAUCUGAAAUGGACCUCAGUUCUGGAAAUGUCAUAUCCUUCAUUGAGCCUAAUGAUAAUUCAUCAAAUGGAUCUGCAGGUUUGACAACACUUGAAAUUGUGGAGGUCCAUUUAGACAGUGAGUCAGCCAUUUCAAAUAUUGAGUCAUCUUCCCCAACACAUGUACAUCUGUAUCCUGUCACAGAAAUCAAUGAUCAUGUUGAACUUUCCACUGGCAAACGCAUGUCUGAAGAGGAUCCUGAAGAAAGUCAACCAAAAAUCCAGAGAACUGCUUAAAAGCAGGAUACUACUAUGUUAUUGUGUAGUAUCUAAAUGUAUGCCCUUAUUUUUAUUCCAUAUUUCAAAGAAUAAUUUAUCUGAUGAAUAUUUAAUUUUCAGAUCCUUCUUAAUUUGAGUUUUUCUUUAAAUGGACAUUAGAGAUAACUUAUUUGACUUAUGAACUUUCACCUUUUCAGAUUGCUUUGUGCCAAAGAGAUACUGUACAGCUUCCUUGUGCAGUAGAAGAUAUUUAGACAAUACAAUAAGUCCUUACUUUUUAAGGUAAGAGAGCAAGAAUGUAGACUGACCCUUGAUCUCUCAAAAACAAAAUUACCACCAUUGAAAUAAACCAGGAUUAUUAUUAUAACCCUUGACUGAAAACAGUAUUGGGAACUCAAAAAUAAGAUGGCUGCUGACCAAGAUCAACUUAAAUAAUGAAAUAUUCUGUAAUUUGUUUGACUCCAAGGCCAUUGAAACAAAUUUUCUAUUUUAUGAACGUUUUAGGAGCUCAUAUUAUGAUAUGGAAAUGUAAAUUUAUACUGAAUGAGGUUAAAUCUUUUUGGAAAGGGCCUCUGGCACUUUAAUCAUCAGGUAGCGAAUGUUGACCAUCAAUUACCAAAUUACCUUCUAUCCUAUGUGAACACUGGCAUCUCCUCUGUUUUAAUACAAUUUAUCUCUUAAUGCAGAUGUUACUAAAGGAAAAUCAAGUUUAAAAUAAGUACUAUCCCUUUCUAGAUACUGCCAAUAAUGUCCUAACACAUUUACUUUCAGUUCAUUUUGGAGUAAUUUUGAUUUUACAGGAUGGUGUUUUGCCUCUUAAACCCCCUCCCUGCACCCCUCAAAAUUACUCAGCGUAGAUGUAGUAGAGGUGCCAAAAUGGUUAAUAGCAAAACUCUGCCUCACCUGAUCUCUGCAAGGCUUUAACAGAGAAAUCUGAAGAGUGAAUGCACUGAAAGGAGAUCACUUGGGUUCAUUGUAUUCAGUCCAGACAUACUGGGUUGAAUAAUAAGUGUGGGGGGGUGGUGCAUAGUGGUGGAUGGCAGGCACCCAACCCCACCACCCAGAAACCACGUCGGCAUAAUGCUGAGCAGCUCUGCAUCCAUAAAGCUUUGAGCUCUGCGGGUCUGCUCAGCAUUGGGGCAGAAAUCCCACCCUCUGGAGCUGUUGGCCAAUCCGAUUAGAGAAGGUAAGGGUUUGGGAGCGUUGGGGACAGGGUCAGUGGUGGAGAGUAGGUGGGUUCAAGAGAGGGAGCGGGUAGGAAUGAAGGGAAAGUUCGAUCUCAAGGGAGCCAUCUUGCAAAGGGCAGCCCCCAAAGAGCGACGA